GACUCGCGAAACCAACCCGCCGCCCAUAUAAGCGCAGCCUCCCAUUUCCCGUGCACCCUCCUCUCCUCCUCGCUCCCCUUCGCGCGUUUCCGCUGUUGCGCGCGCGUGCGUGCGUGUGGGGUGGUGUGAAUGGGUGACCUGGGAGGAGGUGACUGGCGGGAUGAGGCGGCCGAGGAACAGGCGCCGCCGGCGCCGGUCGGAGGCGGCGCAGACCAUCUGGUGGUCAUGGUCCACGGGAUCGUCGGGAGCACAGCAGAUUGGAAGUUUGGAGCUGAGCAAUUUGAUAAGUUGCUCUCAGACAAAGUCAUAGUUCAUUGCAGUAACCGCAACAUGCACAAGCUAACUUUAGAUGGUAUUGAUGUGAUGGGUGAACGAUUGGCACAAGAGGUUAUUGAAGAAACCAACAAAAGACCACAUAUAAAAAAGAUAUCUUUUGUUGCACAUUCUGUUGGAGGAUUGGUUGCACGAUAUGCUAUUGGAAGACUUUAUAGACCACCUAGACGAACAUUCCAAAGUGCUCCUCAAAGUUUGAGUGAUGGCAACAGAGGUACCAUACAUGGGCUUGAGGCAGUGAAUUUCAUAACCGUUGCAUCACCGCAUCUCGGUUCCAGAGGAAACAGGCAGGUUCCUUUCCUUUUUGGAGUUACUGCAAUUGAAAGUUUUGCGUGCUGCAUCAUUCACUUGAUAUUUGGAAGAACUGGCAAACACCUCUUUUUUACUGACAACGACGAUGGAAAGCCUCCAUUGCUGCAAUGCAUGGUGGAUGAUUGGGGGGACUUGCAGUUCAUGUCUGCUUUGCAAGCAUUUAAACGAAGAGUUGCAUACUCCAAUGUUGGUCAUGAUCAUAUUGUCGGGUGGAGGACAUCAUCCAUCAGACGAGAUUCGGAAUUGCCCAUGUGGGUUGAUUCAACAGACAAGAUUUACCCACAUAUUGUACACGAGGAACUAUCCAAAGCAGAAACUCCUAAUCAAUGUGCUGAUGUAUACAACUGCACAAUAGAAGUAGUGCACAUGAUGGGCUUACUUCUAUUGAAAUUUACAGAACUACUUUUAAGAGGACUUAAGCGUGUGUCAUGGGAAAAGGUGGAUGUUAGCUUCCACAACAGCAAAGUAAGAUCUGCAGCACAUAGUGUGAUUCAGGUGAAGGAUCCUGUGAUGCAUUGUGAAGGUGCCGAUGUCAUACAACAUAUGAUUGACCAUUUUAUUCUCGAGUAAAAGCCCUGGUCUCUGGAAACAGACUUAAACCAGGAUACGUCAUUUGCUAACUGCUGAGUCGCCGAGCCUGCUGAGCACGUUUAUGAAAACCCCAGGUAUCAAGAUUCAAGUCUCUGAUGGAUCAAGUAAAUAUAUAGAGGGGGAAAACACUCGGUGCUUGCCCAUUGUUUCAUUUAGUCGUUUGUGAUUAUAUAUGUUGUAUGGUGUAAUCUUAACAUUAUUGUUAUCACUGUAUCCUUUUGAUAAGAGUUAAUAAAGCUUUCAUUUUCAUUU